CGUCUGCUGGUCAUCAGUAUGUGUCUGUCAGUGGGAGUGAGUGGGUGUACUUCACUACUAUCGCCUUCCUACAUCCACUUAACCUUUCUCGUGUCGUCUAAGAAAAGUGAGAUAUUUUAUCCGUCUACACCGAGCCUGCAUUAGCAUGAAGUGAAUAUGAGUAUUGGAGGACAAUAACAAGCAGUGUGCAGUCAGCACCCCCUGGCCUCUUGCAACAGGUGUCCGAGACCAGGACCCGCGCUAUCAUCUACCUCACGGAGAUGACCAUCAUGAGGGAAGAGGACCUCGAAAUCGCCAUUAAGGUGGUGAUCGUCGGGAACGGUGCGGUAGGCAAGUCAUCUAUGAUACAGAGAUACUGCAAGGGUUCCUUCACUAAGGACUACAAGAAGACCAUCGGUGUCGACUUCCUCGAGAGGCAGAUAAAGGUGGAGGAGGAAGAGGUGCGACUUAUGUUAUGGGACACAGCGGGUCAGGAGGAAUUUGAUGCCAUCACUAAAGCCUAUUACCGCGGUGCCCAGGCCUGCGUCCUUGCCUUCUCCACCACAGACAGAGACUCCUUCGUUGCCAUCAAUAAGUGGAAAAAAAAGGUUGAAGAUGAAUGUGGCAGCAUCCCCAUGGUAUUGGUACAAAACAAGAUUGAUCUCAUUGACCAGGCUACUGUCAAACCGGAUGAGGUUGAAUCUCUGGCACGGGAACUGCGUGUACGUCUAUACAGAACAUCGGUGAAAGAGGAUCUCAAUGUAGACCAAGUGUUCAACUAUCUGGUGGACCAGUACUUGGCCAUCAUCAAUCAUUCAGAAGAUGUUUACACCACCAAGAAUGUUGGAGAGAGUGAGUAUGGAAAGAGGGAGAAGGGAUUGGAAUGGAUUAAAAAAGGAUUUGGAGAAUAAGGCAUUAUAGGAGAUAAUGUAGAAUAAUUUGGUGUGAAUAAAUUCAUGUUUACAUUCUGGGACAAAGGAGAGGAGGCAGUGAGUAAAGUACUGGUCCCAUAUAGGGAGAAAAAAAUUUAAAUUAUUAGUAAUGUCGAAACGGUGCUUGAGCAAUAAGCAUCAGUGAGGUUUGAUCCAAAAAGGAGGAUUACCUCCAAUUCCUCAGAUCAAGAGCUCUUCACCAGCAUUAAGGCACCCCUUUCUCUUGAAGUAAACAAAGUUGUACUCAGGAUAGAAAUAUGCUAUACUGUAGCAAAUAGGAUGUGGGAGAUCGUAUGGAUUCAGUAGUGAGGAUCAUAAAAUGGGUAUAUCUUUGGUGCAUCAGAUGUUGGGCUAGGUCAAGGGUGGAGAACCUUCCUAUGUUGGAAGGCCUCAUUAAAGUUAGCUGUAAUCUAACAAGGCCACAUUCAAGAAGUGAUGCAAGGAGGGAGGAGUAUAUGGAGAGAGAGAGGUUAAGAGAGUAAGUAAGUAAGUUUAUUUAGGUAUACACAAAUACAGUUACAAAGAAUUAUCAUACAUAGCAGCAUAUGUGUAGAGAACCUAGGAUAACCCAAAAAAGUCAGACAGAGUGACUUAUUUCCAUUGGUGAAGCAAUGUAAAAAGAGAGCAAAUGAGAGGG